AAAAUUACAUUGGUCUUGCUGAUUUACUGAGUUUACACUAGAUACUGUAAGAGGUAUUGAAUCUAAUAGAAUUGAAGGGUGCUAGGCUUUUUUUUUUUUUUUUAAUAUUCUCUUCCCUCCCAAGUAUAGAUAAUUUUUGUGAGCUCCAGUUGAAAAAUUGAAGAAGUAUUUCUGUUGAUAGUAAAUGUUGUAUGGAUUUCAGAUGGAAAAAGCUAAUUAUAUAUGGUGUCAUGUUUAAUCCCCAGCCAGCAACUAAGCUCCACAGAGCUACUUGCUCACUCCUCCCUGGUGGGAUGGGGGAGAAAAUCGGAAGGGUAAAAGUGAGAAAACUCAUGGGUUAAGGUAAAGAUAGCUUAGUAGUUAAGGCAAAAGCCAUGUACACAAGCAAAGCAAAACAAGAUAUUCAUUCACCGCUUCCCAUGGGCAGGCAGGUGUUCAGCCAACCCCAGGAAAGCAGGGCUCCAUCAUGUGUGAUGGUUACUUGCAAAACCAAACUGCAUUCCGAACAUCCCACCUUCCUUCUUUUCCCCACAGCUUUAUAUCCUGAAUGCGAUGCCAUAUCGUGUGGAAUAUUCCUGAGGUCAUGAGGUCAGUUGGUGUCGGCUGUCCUGGCUGUGUCCCUCCUGAUUUCUUGUGUGCCCCCAGCCCACUUGCUGGUGUGGUGGGGUAAGAAGCAGAACAUCCCUGAAAUGAAUGAAAACAUCCCUGAAUUAUCCACACAGUUUCCAGCACAAGUCCAAACCUCAGCCCCAUAACCAGCUACUAUUGAAGAAAAUUAGCUAUGUCAGCCAAAACCAGCACGUAUGGUCAGAAGCAUUUUUUGAAAACUUCAGAAAUGUUUCUUCUGGCAGAAUGUGGAAGAAAGUAUCUUCAAAGGCAUGUCCUUGUUUAUUCUGCUUCCUUUGUUCAUGUGCUUCAUGCAUUUCAGCUUGGAUUAUUACAGCCAAAGAUAUUUGGGUGGUAUCUUGUCUCUUACGUGAACUUGUGCUUCCUGUGUGAGAUCACUGUGGCCAAAGUGGUUUGAGUCGUCUGUUGUCUCUUUCUUGGCUGUGGCUGCUGAUGGGCUUUUCCAUCUUUGUUUUGUCAAGCAGAAGGUCUUGUUACAGUGUACGUUGUCGGUUUAUAGUUACAUUGCUAUUUAAAGGCUUAAUCUCUAAUCAGCCACCUCAUUUUGUUGUUUCCCCUUUCCCCCUUUGUUGUGACUGGACUUUACAGGUAUUUCAUCCACGUGAUGGAUAAGGUAAAGAUAUCAUUUCCGGUACUUAAGUGAGGGGGUAUUUAUAGCACAGAUGCUUGCACUGAGUAUCUGCACAGGGACACUGCAGGAAACAAAAGCUGUGGUCUGAAGGUGUGGUGGUCAGAAUACCCACAGUCCUCUGUAGAUAAAUUGGUUUUUAAAAGUGGCCAGAGGUGAGACUUUACACAGUGCCGGGAUCGGGUCUGAAAUACAACGCAUACUGAGCAGUUUAGUACCACAUCAGGCAGUUCUCAUCUCUUAAAGACUUCCUGGUCUUCCCUGGGAUGGCUGGCAGGAGGUACCUUGCCGGAGUGCAGGAAGCACUGGGGCUGUGCCUUCCAGACCUUUGUGUUUUCCCUCUCCAUGUUCUCACUCACUCACUGGAGUGAGUGUGUGUUCUGGAACAGUUUGACUCUGCAGGCAGAGAGAGAACAGUGUAAACAUUGCUAUUGCUUCAGUACAACAUUCCAGCUUCUGGCUGAAAGGUAAAGUAUUUGCAGAUAAUGCAGUAGUGCUGUUAAAAAUAGGCAUGGUAUAUUCUAAAAAUUACACCUGACUUCAUCUAAAACUCUUUUGAGCUCUCCUAGUUAAAAACAGUAGUUAAAAAAAAAAGAAAAAACAACAAAAAACCCACAAACCAGCAACCGUUACAAACUAAGAUAGUUCUUGGUUUUCUAGAAACAAAUCAUUGAGAUUUCCUUUCCAACAGUACUUCUGAAGCACAGAUAAAAUGGCUUCCUGUCCCAGGGUUUCCUGUAUCCAUGGCAACCUGACUUUAACCACUUCUUUCUUAGUUUCCUGAACGAACAGUUGCAAAUCCUGGGGCAAAAUGUGAGAGAGCUCUAGUACGCAGCAGUACUGCGUUUACAAAGGUUUCACAGAUGACUAUAGUCUGUCAGCUGGUAACUUAGUCCAAUGAACUGCAGAACAUCAAAAUAACAGAAAUAAUGAACUUCAGAUGUGUGCCAAGUCAGAGAUGAGUAAGAAGGCCAAAGACAGGGAUAUGUGUGGUCUACAAAGUUCUCCACCCUGCUUGGGAGCAUUCCUGUAUAUCCUUAAUUGUUUUCUUUUGUUGCUGCUCGAGAAGGAGGCUCUUGGCUGUCCGGCUGCUUGCCAGCUCUGCACAGGGAGACAAGUUAGCUGUCGUAAUUCAGGGCUUUUGAGCAUCCCGCAGAACUUUCCAAAAACGACAAUUCUCAUGUACCUCAGUGGGAAUAAUAUAUCGCAUGUCACUCCAAAUGAACUGAGAGGCCUUCAGAAGCUUGCUGCACUGUACAUGGAUAACUCCAGUAUUUUGUAUGUACACCCAAAAGCUUUUGUGGAACUCCCCAAACUGUGCUACUUGCAUCUAAAUAACAAUAAUAUUAAACGCCUUGAUCCAGGAAUCUUUGAAGGUCUUUCCAGUCUUCACUGUUUAUACCUUCAGAAUAAUCAAAUAGCUUUUGUGCCCAGAGGAUUAUUUAGUGAUCUCCUUUCUGUUAGAUAUUUAACACUUCAAAGAAAUCGCCUCAGUGUCCUUGGAAGUGGGACUUUCUUGGGAAUGAUAAGUCUCCAAACACUUAACCUAGCCAAUAAUAAGAUUUCACGGAUAUCAGCUUCAGCAUUUCAUCAUCUUGAAAACCUUUCAUAUUUGUUUCUUGAAGGUAACAACUUAACGCUUGUGCCAUCAAAUGCAAUUGGAAGGCUCAAAAAUCUUGAAAGACUUUCUUUGUCUCACAAUCCCAUUGGAUCAAUACAUGCUUUUGCAUUUAAAGGACUUAACAAGCUUAGAUAUCUGUCUUUAAAGAACAUCAAACUAAAACGUAUUGCUGUAAAUGUUUUUUUUGGAUUAAACAACCUUAGCCAGUUAAUCUUAAGUUAUAAUGAUUUAGAAAAUAUAAAUUCUAGCACUUUUACUUUAUUGGACAACUUAAUGUAUCUGCAGCUAGACAGAAAUAGAAUAACCAGUAUUGCUGAUGGUACCUUUGAAAAAAUGGGACAGUCACUUAAAGUACUCAGUUUAGCAUUUAAUAAUAUUACAGAGUUGCAACCUCAAGUGCUCAAGCCUCUAGUAUCUUUAACUCAUCUACAAAUAAACUAUAAUCCUUGGAACUGCAGCUGCAAAAUGCUAGGAUUACUUAACUGGCUAGCAUCCUCUCCUAUUUCUGUGAAAGUUCAUUGUCAGAAUCCCCAGAGUAUGCGUGGUAGGCCUUUGCAUUACGUUAAGUGGACUUGGUUUGCAAACUGUAGUAGCCCUACUGCCAGCCCAGAAGCAGCCUGGACUCUAGGAUCUGCAGGUUCCCACCACAGCGCAACCACUUUGCUGGUGGCAUGGCAUAAGGGAAACAGGCAGAACACAUUUGAACAGUUUGUCAAUGCGGAAACUAAAUAUGUUGCUUUCUGGGAAGGAACGACAUCUGCCUCUGCUAACCUGUUGCCCUAUGAAGAAAAUGCUGCUGAAAUUCCAUCACAGGCAGCCACAGUAUUAUCGACAUUGCCAGUGCAAAUACCAGCACAGAUGAUGCCUGUUAACAGAACAAUAGAAGACGGUGGCUCGUUUCCAACAGAUGCUGCUCCUGUAUUGUUAAAAACAUCCCUGUUUUGUACACAACAGGUUGAAAAGCUGAAUCAGGCUUUUGACAUUUUACUAGCCUUUUUCAUUCUGGCUUGUGCUGUAAUACUGUUUUUAACCUGUAAAAUUAUUCAGUUUAGGCAGAAACUAAAGGUGCUAGAAAACUCUGGAGAAAAGAGAAUAGAAUAUUAUGGGGUUUAUCAGCCUGGCAGAUACAACAUAACUGAUCCAGUGCAGUCUCUAACUCGGAAUUCAGUGGUGCAUUCAGAACUAGACCAAAUUAGGCUGCUCAAGCGAACACCAUCUGAAAGUCAGGCACAGGUCAUAUUGUUUGAACACUCAUCAUUGUAGUUUAUCUUAUUUGAUCUGAUGAUAACUUUAUUGUGAUCUGAAAUGUCAGGAAGUCAAGAACUCAAUUUAGAAAGUAUAAAUAGUUUCACUGAUUAAAAUCAACGGGUUGAUAGAAUUGUAGAAAAUAGUAUCAUUUCGGUUGUUCUGCAUUUCUGAAUGUUUAGAAUUUUCUAUUAGGUGUCAUUUAAAUCUGACUCACAUAGGUAGAUUAUCCUCUGUCCUUGUUGUAGCAGUCUUUGACCUGUAACUCAAAUAUAUGUGCAGUAUAAAAUGCAUAUAUAUUUUUAUUGUGUAGUACUUAAUGGUAUAAGUUUCUAUAGAAAUUCCAUAGGUAACUGGGAGCUUGAAGCAAGCAAAACAUCCGUUUUUAACAAGAUUAUGAAGCCAGGAGUCUGGGGAAAUGAGGAAAAAAGUAAUUCUUAAUUUAUUUAUUGUAGUGCAGUUUCUAAUCUGCCUUAAUUAAUCAUCACAGUGGAAAAAAUAGUAUAUU